UAAUGAUCAGAAUGGUCCGUCUGACAUCCAGGAUUCAUACACACGCCACGGCGUACCCCUACCGUCUAGCAGCAACGGACCUAUUAUCACCAAUAAGUUUGUCUCGUUCGAUAGUGGCGGCUUUCAGUCUGGCUCCAGUCGCGAAGGCUGGACUGGUCCGUCGCGCUUGCCGCACGAAAACCGCUAUGAGUCUUCGUACUCCCAAGAGACACCAAAAGAGGUCCCUCAGAGCUGGCAGUCGUCUGACAGACUCAAUUCUCAACAUCCCUUGCUAGACAUUGCGAGCGGGAGUCCUUACUAUCCCGUUCGGCCUUCUAAUAUGCAUUAUGAGGUAUCUGAGGGCGAGUAUCAUCAAACUCUCAACCGAUCAGGAAAUGAAGUACAGCGCAAAGAGCUCGAGAUGAGAAGAGAUAAGGAGGAGGAAGCCAAACGCACUGAAAACGAAGUCAAGAUGGAGGAAGGGCGGACCCAGAGAAUGGAAGGGUUUACAAGGCAUGUGGAGAACUCAACAAGGCGGUUUGGUGGGGAAGACAGACGUCUAGUACAAGAUCCAACGUUGCAGGUGGCGAAACGGCAGGAAGAUGAAGUUGGACGCAAGGAUGAGGAAGCUAGGCUCAAAGGAGAGACGACACGCGCGAUGGAGGAAGAGUUCCGGAGGAAGGCAGAAGAACACAACAUGCAAUGGCAAGAGCUUCAUUCGCUGGAAGAUCUCACUAAUAAAGUCCAGAGGAGAUCGUCCUAUCCUGUUGCUUCCGGAGGUUUUGGGGACAUCUGGAAAGGUGAUUUAGUUAAGCACAGCAGGGUCUUCCAGGUAGCAGUGAAGACCAUUCGCGCAUUCGAGUCGGACAGCAACGAAGUGGCGCGGAAGAAGGCGAAUAGAGUGCGUCGUGAACUGAAAGUUUGGGAACGUCUCAAACAUAACAGCAUUCUUCCACUCUGGGGGGUGGCGGAUGACUUUGGGCCCUACCUCGCAAUGGUUUGCCCAUGGGCUGAUAACGGAGCUCUCACUGGCUUUCUUGAGCUCCGACAAUACAAGCUAUCGUUGCAAGAUAAGUUCUUGCUACUGAAUGAUAUUGCCCUUGGGUUGCAAUAUCUCCACAGAAAAUCAGUUGUCCAUGGUGAUCUGACAGGGUCAAAUGUCUUGAUUUAUGGCAAUGGUCGCGCAUGCCUUGCUGAUUUUGGUCUCUCCACUAUCAUCGUAGAGUUCAUCGGUACCUCAUAUUUUACGAGCUCCAUCCGAGGGAAUGUCCGAUGGGUAGCUGCAGAGUUAUGUGAAGCAACAGAAGACAGUGAAGUCUCACUCAGCGCCGAGUGCGACAUAUACUCAUUUGGCAGUAUCACCUUGCAAAUAUUGACUUGCAAGGUACCCUACUACUAUGUGAAGAGUGACAUGGUAGUGUUGGGACACGUCAUCAAGGGUAAGAAACCGGAGCCUCCCAAGGACUUGCGAAUAGCGCCUGGACACUGGAGCUUCAUACAGCGAUGUUGGCUACCUCGUGCGAGUCGUCCAUCGGUUGGAGAAAUUGUGGCGUUCGUAGAACGAGCUCUGUCAUCCUAGUCCACUGAACGGGGCAACAAAGAUUAAUGAAUUGGAAUGUAACACUUCUCUACGAGCGCUUCACACCUGGAAAGUGGUGUUAAAGCGGCUUGACAUGAUUUAAAUAUCAAUCUGCAUUUUCCAGGCUCUGGCCUCACCCAA